AUGUCCUCAACUCCCUCGUCAACCGACGAAGCCGCGGAGACCUCGCACCACUCUAAAUACCGACUGCGUGUGACCGCGGGACCUGCACACGACCCGUCAACUCACAAACUUGUCCCCGUCAAUGCACCUGAAACACUCACCUUCGAGAACGAGCACAUAAUCCUCUCGCUCGCCGUCAGAAUACGGCAUUUUACAGGCUACCCAAACGACUCGCCGACGACAUCACCCUACUUCGACCACGACCUGCACACAAGCGACCAGUACUCGAUAGCCUUCUCCUUCGUACCCAAAGUAGACAUCCCCGGCGGCGAUUUGUUAUUCGGCAACGACUUCGACCGGCCCAUACGAGACAGACUGCCUCCCGGCUUCAACCAAGCAUUCAAAAUCGUCAAGUGGUGGAUCGACCCUGGUCUCGAGGGGAACGUGUACGCCGACAAACCGUCCCUCUUCGGUCCGGCCCUGAGCAGUUGGAACAUCCUAAACAUUGGCGACAAGGUCGUCCAGGAAGACCAGAUACAGGACAAGAAUGCAUGGAAGAUCCCCAACGCGACGUCCUUCCACGAGACAGUUGUCGAAGAAGGCGCAGAGGGUUCCGGCGAGGAGGUCCGCAAAGACUCUGGAAUACCCGCCGACUCCGCCGCGCGGAAGAAGUUCUUUUUGACCCCCGCGAAUCGAGACAAGUUCGUCUUUGAGGCCGGACGACUAUACCAGUCCGAUUUCGGAAACCCGUACCUCGACUUCAACGACUUCUCACUCAAACUGCCUGGGUUCAGUCUGAACGUGAUCAAGUACGUAGACGCAAAGACCCACGAACUACGGUACACGCUCAAGAAUAAAUCGACCGACGAGAUCUACGCCGUCGUCAUGUUCACUCUGCUCUUCGGCGAGGAGUUGGAGCAGGUCAAGAAGGAACUUGGCGAGGCAAAUAUAGAUGAUGAUGACAAUGACGAUGAUGACGAUUUUAGAGAUGCAAAUGAGGAUGCAUCACCAAACCCCGACGACGAUGUUGAUUGA